AUGAUCACUAGUGAUGCAACUGCGCCUGCCAAAUCUAAAGUAAGAAUUCCAAUUACACCCACUAAUUCUUCAGUUUCAGUCAAUUCAUCGGUCAUCCCAUAUGAUGCUCGUGCUCCUUAUAUCAAUGUGACUUUGAAAGAAUAUCCCUACCUAUCCUUAUAUAAUAGUGAUAGACAUAAUGACAGAUAUGAAUUUAAGAGUUCAGGCUUAUAUUCUGGAUGUGAAAAAGAGCAUAAUAAAGGGAAGGUAGUUGGCCGAGAAAUCAAGAUAAAUGCUCCAUCGGAAAUGAUUUCAUCAGGCAUGUCUCAAGUAAAUGUAUUAAAGGCGUGA